AUGGCAAACCUUCUGCCUUUUCGAGACAUCAAUAUCCACGCUUCGACAAGCCUCUAUGCCUUCACUUCGCCCUCCACUCCCUCUGCGCCGACCCUCGUUGUGGAAAGACCUUCUGGGGAUAUUAGGCUGAAUGAUGGGUCUCUCCUGGGGCAAAAGCGUGUCUCGAGCAUUGCCGGUAUUUUGGGGAUUAUCAAGCUGAAACUGGACAAAUAUGUCAUUGUCAUUACCAAGGCUCAGCCGAUGGGUCGACUACGAGGCCACAUGGUUUACAAAGUCAUGGCCACCGAGUUCCUCCCUCUGCGAGAACGACCGGUACAUGACCCUGACGAGGAUACCUAUCUGUCAUACCUCAAGGCCUUGCUCGCCUCGGGUCCGAUGUAUUUCUCGUACUCCCUGGACGUCACUUCCAACUUCCAGCGCCAGUCGCAAUCGGAUUUGUCACAGCCGCUGUGGAAAAGAGCCGACGACCGGUUCUUCUGGAACAGAUUCAUCCAGACCGACCUCAUUGAUUUCAGGACCGGAGGUGGAGCGGCGGGUGGGUUAAAGGGACAGCAGCAGCCAGGAGCAGAUCCAUACAUUCUUCCUGUGAUGUUUGGCAUGUUGGAAAUCCAGCCUGCCAAGGUGAAAUCGACCAACUUCACGUUUGCCCUCAUCACACGAAGAUCUAGAUAUCGUGGCGGCACCAGGUACUUGUCGCGGGGGAUUGACGACCAAGGCCAUGUCGCCAACUUCAAUGAAACCGAGCAAAUCGCGUUGUUGAACGAUGUUUCGGGGCGGCCAACUGGCUACGCUGGCGGACAAGGCAUGCAGAAUGGGAAGAUUGGAGGUCGGCGCUCGGAGACCCAGGUCAUGUCCUACGUCCAGACUCGCGGCAGUGUUCCUGUUUUCUGGGCCGAAAUCAACGAUCUCCACUACACACCCAAGUUGCAGAUACGCGGCGUGGAGACUGCGGCUGAUGCGGCACGGAAACACUUCGACGAACAGAUCGAGAUUUAUGGGGAGAACUACUUGGUCAACCUGGUCAAUCAGCGGGGCAGAGAAGAACGGGUGAAGAAGGCAUAUGAACAAAUCAUCCGAGUCUUGGUCAACUCCCCGGAAGAAUCCGUCGAAGCCGAUCGGCGUACGGACGAAAAGUUUCGAGACAUUAGCGCAGAACAUCCACACCAAAGAAUGGACCGACUUCACUAUGUUUACUUCGAUUUCCACAAUGAGACCAAGGGAUUGAAAUGGCACCGCGCCGAACUUUUGUUGGAUGAGUUGAUUGACGGUUUGAGGAGAGGACAAUAUUUCCGGGGUGUCGAGAUGCCCGGUGAUCCAUCCGGAGCCUUCGAGGUCCGAACCAGGCAGAGCGCCGUCGUCCGUACAAAUUGCAUGGACUGCUUGGACCGGACAAACGUGGUCCAAAGCAUGCUAGGCAGAUGGGCUCUGACUCAACAAUUCCAAGAUAUCGGUAUUCUUCAUGCGGGCGAGCGAGCAAGUGACGACACCGCCUUUGAGUUCCUAUUUCGAAAUAUCUGGGCAGACAACGCCGAUGUUGUCUCGAAUGCGUACUCCGGGACCGGGGCAUUGAAGACGGAUUUCACCCGCACCGGCAAUCGGACGAAAGUCGGAAUGUUGCAAGAUCUCAACAACUCUUGCACUCGUUAUGUCCGCAACAACUUCCUGGACGGACCCCGACAAGAUGGGUUUGACCUCUUUCUGGGCACGUAUCUUCCGUCAACUUAUGGUGUUGGGUCAUCUUUGAUGUUCACAGAUCGCAGACCUCUGAUCAUUCAGGCCGUGCCGUAUGUGCUGGCUGCUUCCCUCUUCAUCGUUUUAAUUUCGAUUCUCACUCGACGACCCCCCGAUUCAGCCAUUUGGCCCCUUCGUCUCUUUGUCAUCCUGUGUCUGGUUGUUGCGGGGUGGUCUUUCCAAUUCAUCUAUACUCAUGGUCCCCUAUAUGUCAAUUGGCCAAAACUCAACACUCCAGCGUUUGCCAUCGAAGGGUAUACGGACGCCUUAUCACGAGCCCACAAGGAUAAGAUUGUCGGGCCAUUGAUGGCAUCAGCCAGCGGCAAGGACAGAAGAGCGCGGAACAUCAGCACAGCAAAUAUGGGAUUUAUGGAAGAGGGCAAGAAGAGGAUAGAAUAA